AUGUCCGAUUCCCGCCCACAGACCUUCCAACCCGCCCUAAUCCUCCACGGCGGCGCAGGCAAUAUCCAGCGCUCAACCCUGCCCUCAGACCUCUACGCGCAAUACCAUGCCUCCCUCCUCUCCUACCUGCGCUCGACGCGCGACCUCCUCGCCGCCGGCGCCAGCGCGCUCGACGCAGCCGUGCACGCCGUCGCGCUCAUGGAAGACGACGAGCUCUUCAACUGCGGCCGCGGGAGCGUCUUCACCUCCGCGGGCACGAUCGAGAUGGAAGCCUCGGUGAUGGUGACGUCCACAAGGAACACGGACGGCGGCGGCGGCGACGAUGAUGGUUAUGGUGGUGACGACGAUACUCUCCGCGGCGGCAUCAAGCGCGGCGCAGGCGUCGUGGGCCUCAAGAACGUGCGGCACCCCAUCCACCUUGCCCGCGAAUGUCUCUUACGGGCCGGGUGUGAUGCGCGCGGCGACCCCACUGGCGACGGCGGCAAUAUGCAUGCGCAGCUUGCGGCGCCCGGUGCAGAGGAUCUGGCGCGGCGCUGGGGGCUGGAGUUUAAGCCGGAUGGGUGGUUUUGGACGAAGAGGCGGUGGGAGGAGCAUCGGCGGGGGCUAACGGGGGAGAAAGAAGGCAGGGAGGGGGAGGGGGAGGGGGAGGGGCUUGUUUCUGUCCUGCCGAGCCAGGGGACCGUGGGCUGCGUUUGUCUGGAUCGGUGGGGGGAUCUGGCUGUUGCGACGAGUACGGGCGGGCUCACGAAUAAGCUGCCGGGGAGGAUUGGGGAUACGCCGACGCUCGGGGCUGGGUUUUGGGCAGAAGCGUGGGACGAGCGGCCGGGUAUGGAUGGGAUGGUGUAUCGGCCGAUGGAGGAGGAUGCGGUGCAGCGGCAUGGUGGGCCGAGAACGGCGGGCGCUCUGCUGCGCGCGGCGCUGGCCGAGUGUGUUCCGCCGUUCUGGAGCAGCAGGUCCGUAUCCCCGUAUACACCGUUGUCCAACCUCGAGGCUCCACCGGGGCAACCGCGCGGACCGCAGGGCCGGGGAUUUGCUGCCCCCGCGCGGAGACGAGCCGCGGCAUUGUCGGGCACGGGGAACGGCGACUCCUUCCUCCGUGUUGCUGCGGCCCGCACGGCGUGUGCGAUGCUCCGCUUCUCGCAGUCUUCUCCCGGUUCCCUGGCGGAAGCUGUCGCCGCUGUUGCUGGGCCGGGUGGUGAGCUUCAGCGUUCUGCGGGCAGGCGAUGGGGCAAGACCGGGGAGGGCGAGGGCGGUAUGAUCGGGAUUGAAGCGGAAACAGUGGUCGAAGCCAAUGAUCCUGGCUCGUAUGGAGAUAAGAAGCAGGGGCUAAGUCGUGGUAAGGUUGUGUUUGAUUUUAAUUGCGGGGGCAUGUGGCGGGCAUGGAUAGAACAAGAUGCGAGCGGCAGGGAGCUUGAGAGAGUCAUGGUUUUCAAGGAAGAGUAUCAAUAG